GCAGGGCUUUUUGUUACGGCUUACCUUCCUCGAAUCUUGAUCCAUCACAAUUCCAAGCAUGCUGCUGAAUUAGUGCUUCAGAAAACCAAUUACCACAGAGGGGACACUCCAUUCUCCUUUCAUAGUGGUUAUCCAGUGCUAUGUGUGAAUGGGAAAAGAUGGGUGAAAGGUUAAUCUGCUGGCUUAGUCUCUUUCUCUAACCAACGAACCUGUCUGUCCAGUAGAUCUAGCUCUGAUCACUGGAUCUCUGUUCCUGGUCUUCAGAUCACUCUUUCUUUGCUCCCAAUUAAUCUCUCUCUUUUAGAUCCCUCUUUAUAUAAUGAACUUCUCUCCCAACCAUUUGGAUCACUUUUUAGUCACUGUUCCCAGAGUGAACACAGCAGAUCUCCAGCCUCUCCCCAAUGCAUCUUCUUUUGAUCUCCUUCUGCACAAUGGCUUUUUCUCUGAUUAGUUUCAAAUAGAUCUCUCUCUCUCUCUCUCCCUCGCUCUCUCUCAGAUUUUGCUGUGGAGUUCCCAGAAUCGUCCCUCCCUUUACUCGUUAUGCACAUUCCUCAGCUGACUCUGUCUUCCUCUCUCCUCCUAUUGACAGACUAAAGUGCAACUGUGGAUUAUAGCUGACAUGUGCAAUCAGAUUACUGUAUUAUCAUUGUGUAGCUUGUGGAACUGUGAUGAGACUUACGGUGUUUCACAGACCAACUGAUGUAGCCAAGACAAGACAGCUUUGAAAAGAGGAUGUGUACUCCCACAGCAACAACUGCCCUCCAGAAAGCAGAGGAGAUAGAAAAAUUAGUCAAUAAAAGCCAAGAGGCCAUGUCAUUUGCAUAUUGUCCAUACAGCAAGUUCCCAGUAGGAGCUGCUUUACUGACUGAGGAUGGACGGGUGUUCACAGGCUGCAACAUUGAAAAUGCAUGUUACACAGAGGGAGUCUGUGCUGAAAGGGCAGCCAUUCACAAGGCUAUCUCAGAAGGUUUCCGAAAAUUCAAGGCAAUGGCUAUUUCUAGUCAUAAAUCAGACAACUUCAUUGCUCCAUGCGGUGCAUGCAGACAAGUCAUGAGAGAGUUUGGAACUAAGUGGGAAGUGCAUUUGACAAAACCAGAUAAAUCCUAUAAGACGAUGACCAUUGAAGAACUCUUGCCAAUGUCUUUUGGACCACAGGACCUGCCAACUGAAUAAUGAACAAUGUGCAAACAUGAGGAAUCGUUUAGGACAGUAAUCUUCAGCUCCAGAUGAUAAUAAGGAACCCUCAGCUUUAUUCUUAUUCUUAAUCAUUUUCUAGUCCAUUCAAUUACCAACUAAAAUGUAUCCAGAAAAUGUAGCAUGUUUCUGAAUUUGAUGCUUGAUAUAACAUUCAAACCAUGACCUCAGAAACUUCAACUUGUUCUGCAUUUACAAAAUAAAUGUAUUUCAUCCAA